AAACCGAUUUUUCCAGAUGUCACACAAACGUCUCAGCCGUCUAGUUUCUGACAAUUACAGUUAUUUGACAUAAGAAAAUCAAAAAGUGUACGACCAAAAAUAUCAACAAUUAAUAUUUUAAAGAUAAAUUUGAAGUUCUGCGAUGUUAGUUGUGUUCUAAACAUGCUCGGCCUGGAGGGGGAGCUACUGGAGUCCAGCCAGCGGCGGAAGCAUGGCGGUCCAGUCUAUAAGUUAUUGUACACCCUACGAUCUGGCCACACGCCGCGGGAACACCAUGGCGAUGUGGCUGAGCUGCAACGGCGAGGUCUGGGGGAUGGGCCCCACGGCGGUGUUCGCCAGCGCCGCGGCCCUCUUCCUGUACAGCGAGCUUCGGGCGACCAUCAACACUGGCGGCGCUCCGGCGCACCCUACAAUGCUAGAGAAUUCGCUGAUUUCGACGAUGGUAUUGGGAAUGCUGGCGCUUAUGGUCCACCUGUGGGUGUGUUUCACGCGGUUUUUCCUGUAUUAUUUGGACACUUUAAUUAGAGACAGCCCGGGCGUCUUGCUAGAGAUGACGACUGUGGGCCUGCUGGGCGGAGAGAGCGAGCUGGUGCCGCUGGGCCCACUAACACGCUUUAUGCGCCAACAGCAGAGUCAAAUACACAUCACCGCCUGCUGGUUCCUCGCCCUCUGUUACGCCGAUUUCAUCAGGAAGCACUACUGUGAAAGAUUCACCGUGCCAUACUUAGAACAAUGGCAAAACGAGCUGCAUGUUUACACCGCCCGAGGAGUGAACAGGACCAUUACGAACAUCCAGACAUUCGUAGCCAACGUGCAGCAGCGCCUCAGCACCCGAGAGCCGGAGCCGGCUCCAACUAGCUAUGCACAAACUGACAGUGCGUUGUACAAGAGGAGAGCGUCAUCGGUGGAUCUGCGGGCGUUCGCGGCACAGUUGGCGAGUUCCAGCCCCGUGGGUGGCCGGCGCACCAGCGACUCCGCCCUCUACUGCAAGAAGCAUGACGGACCUCUACCACCCCUACCCUUUCCGAUACAAAGUAACGACACCACCGGUGAAGCGAUCGAGAAGCUUAAACAUUUUAUAAAUGCCACCAGGUGUUAUUGUAAUGCCGACAAACCAUGUGUUGACAACACCACGUCAACGAAUGUUUUAUGGCGAUGAAAAUGUUGUACAAGAAAAAUAGAAAAUAAAUUAAUCUAUGUCGUAA